AUGAAUCCGGCACAUCGACAGCGAGUGUCGCGAAAACCUUCAAGGCAGGCGGGCCUAGGGCCUUCACCAGCAGUUCCACAAAAUUCAAGGGCUCAUUCUCCACCAAAAGCGGACUAUUUAAAGCGAUUUCAAGAUCAACCGGAUGCCAAUGAUGAUUUGUUUUUUGAGGAAGUUGAGUACGACGAUCAUCUAGACGACGAUUUCAAGACUCUCAAGAUAAGUGAUGUUGAUAGGUGGCGUCAGGGCUUGAAAGAGGCCGGAGCCAAGACCCUGAGGCCAAAUCUUCACCAAUUUGUAGAAACCGAGGAUGACUUUGAUGACUUUCAGGACGAAUUUGUCGACCGAAAUGAUCAUGGGCUUGACUAUGAGCUAGAGAACAAACGGGAAAAUCAUCAAAGGGCCCAUGCUCAGAAAAAAGGAGGAAUAUCGCCAGCAACAAGGUCGUCCUCUUCUCCCAUGCGGCGAGUCUCCCUCUCAGAAUACUCAGAAAACACCAACGAGACAGACCUUACAUCAGAACUAAAUGGUGAGGAAUUCGAAAACAUCGAUGACAUUUUUGGCGACGAAGAAAGUGGUAUUUAUUCGAGUGGUGGUGGGCAACAAAAUGACAUCAGAGCCAAACAAAGGCUUUUGAAGCAGCAACAGCAUCGGCAGGCAGAGGCUCAAAAGGAAGAAGAGGAUCUCCUUAGGCAGUGGAAAGGACGUGAGGAGGUGAACACCUUGCGUAUCAAGGAUUUGAACCCGGUUGACUUGGACAAGGAUGCAUUGGAGAAUGAGAGAACGAUAAAUUACGAAUAUACCAAGGACGACUUUGAGGACUUUGAAGAUGGAUUCGAACUUGAACCAGCGGUAAAGUUUCAACCUGGUACAAUUACCAAGUUUGGCAAAUUGCACGCCAAGAUUUCGAUGCCUGAUGUCAGACAAUCUUCCAAGGCUAUAUCUCAAAGCAAAAAGUACAAAUCCACGAUGGACUUGAAUCAUGAAAUGAGACAGCCUUCAGCAUUCAACAGCAGCAAUCGUGUCAUUAGCAAGUUAGACCGAAUCCCAUCUUUUUACCACAAACCCAAACCGGACCCAGCUCCAAAAUCCAAGGAAGAAAAAGACGAGGCUCAGAUCAAUGAUAUUGAAAAGAAGAAGCAGCAGCUAUUGAACAAGUAUAUGGAGUUCACCGUGAAGCAGAACAAGAUAUCAAGAAAGAAUAGGCAGCAGGCAGAACGACCUCGGAAUUCCAAAAUUGGGUUGGUGAGGAAUUUGAAUGAAGUGCCAGUUACAACCGGUAAUCACAGGAUGAAGUAUGAUCCGGUGAAAAAGAUGUGGGAAGGAAAUAACAUCGAUCUUGUAAAGUUCGAAAAGAUACGACAGAAGCCAUCACGACCACUGUUGAUUACAGCUAACGAUUUCAAGUCGAACAACAAAGAUAAAAAGAUUCAAGGCAACAUGAUUUACGACGCCGAUCAGAUGAGAUGGAUCAACUUAGAGGAAGAAGAAGAUGUGUUUGGAGAAGUGUCAGAUUUGGUUACACCAGAUGUUCGAGACCGAGGCGUAAGUACUUUUACUCAAAGGACGACCUCGACCAAUUCCGCAGUUUCGGUUCCCUCUACCACCCAGGAACUGACGCGACAAGAAGAGUUUUAUAUUCCAAUCAAAGUAUUGGAGAAGUUUCGUAAAGAGGAGUCAAAGAUACGAAAGAAAACUACUCAUUGGUUCAACAAAGAUGAAACAUACAAACCCCAUAAAAGUUCUGGCCAUGACGAUUUCCGUUGGGAGAUCAGAAAAAUGGUCAUGGACACCGAUUAA